AUGCGUGAUGCAGCUGCCCGCCUUGCUGUCCGCAACCACCUGCCAGUUACUGAGCGCGCGCACUUUAGCCGGCAGAAAACGGCCAAGGAUCUCUAUGACGCUGUAGUUUCUCGCUACUCCUCCCCAGCUACUGCUGCUGUAGGUCGUCUCAUGCUGCCGUACCUGCAUCCCGAUCUAGCUGAGUUCCGCACUGUCUCUGACCUCUUUACCCACCUCCGCUCUAGUGAGGAUCGCAUCCGUGCCGCUCUCAAGCCGGACUUUCUCGCUAAGAACCCCCCCCCCCCCCCCCGCAUUGCUACCGCUGCAGCAGUCGACCUCCUUGGUGCUGAGGACGUUGGCGCUGCGUCUGCUCCCAGUGGACGGCGCAACAACAGCAAGGGCAGAGGGGGCAGGGGUGGUGGUGGUGGCAGCAGCGGAGGGGGUGGCGGGGGUGGUGGCGGGGGUGGUGGCGGGGGUGGUGGAGGCUCUGGGGGUGGCUCUGGGGGUGGCGGCAGUGGAGGAGGCGGACAGGGUGGAGGAGGCGGCGGUGGUGGGGGAGGCGGUUGGGGUAGCGGGGGCGGUGGAGGAGGUCGGGGUGGGUCUGGCAGGGGUGGUGGCGCUCGUGGACCCUCCCGUGGCUACGGGAGUGGUCAGCAGCUGCCGCGCCUCCCGGACAACCCCACCGACCAGCAGCUCCGUGAGUGGGUUCUCCAGCGUGGGGGCUCUGGUCGCUGCCCUUAUGUCCGGCGCACGGGGCUUCUGAAGGGCACAGUCUGCGGGAAGCCGCACACCGAGUACAAGUGCUUCGGCCGUCUUGAGGACGCCUGGGUGACUGAGUACUCCGAGGACCAGCAGGUCCCGAACUGGCUGCAGCUGAUAGGGAAGGGGGUAGAUGUGUUUGCUCUUGACUUUGCUAAGAUCAAUGCUGCUCUCUAUGCUAUGUAUGUUUCUGAUUAUAGUGUUGAGGGUGCGUGUUACUCGUGUGUGCCAUGCGAUGCUGGUGGUGAUGCUGCUCCCCCAGGUGCUAGUGCGUCUGCUGCUGCCCUAGGUGCUAGUGUCGCUGCUGCCCCAGGUGCUAGUGAGUCUGCUGCUACUGCUGAGGUCUUGCACACUUUCACACUUGACUCUGGUGCGUCACGUUGCUUCUUUCGCGACAGCACCACUGUCACCCCACUCACUACCCCAGUCCCAGUCUCACUGGCGGACCCCUCUGGGGGCCCGGUGGUUGCACGCCACUCCACUGUCCUCCCGUGCCCAGCUGUCCCCUCUGGCUCUCUGUCCGGUCUCCACCUCCCCUCGUUCUCGACGAACCUGGUGAGCAACGCCGUCCUUCAGGAUGUAUGGGUUGACACCUUUACUCCUGGAGGUCAGCGUGUGGCGAUCUGCACGUGCGCCAAGACAGGCCGUCACCUGGCUACGUUCACACGACAGCCGGGGUCGAACCUGUACACACUCACCACAGCGUCUGCACAGGUAGUUGCGUCUGGUCAGGUGGCUGCGUCCGGUCAGCUCGCUGCGUCCUGCUCGUGUCGCCUCCUCACCCACCCUGCGCAGCUUUGGCACCACCGUCUUGGCCACCCGUCGCAGCUGCGUCUGCGCGGCAUGCACUCCCGGCUCCUGGUCUCUGGCCUCCCUGCGACCCUGCCCCCCCUCCCGCGCUCGCUUGCGCCGCCGUGCCUUCCUUGCGUCGAGGGGCGGCAGCGCGCCGCUCCUCACUCCUCCGAGUUUCCUCCGACCACUGCUCCUCUGCAGACUCUCCACCUGGACGUGUGGGGCCCAGCCCCGAUCGGUGGAACGGACCAGGAGCGCUACUUCCUGCUGGUGGUUGACGACUACACACGCUACACCACAGUCUUCCCCUUGCGGCGCAAGGCGGAUGUCAGUGGUGUCUUGAUCCCCUGGAUCCGAUGA